AUGGAUCCAAAUCAAAAUUCAGUGCAAUUCCGAAUGAACCAAGGCAAUUCCUUCCAAGGCUUCGAUCCUCAAGGUAUCGCGGCGUUCUUGAACCAGAUCUCAUCGAUUCAGGCUCACCUUAACAGGAAUGGCAGCAACCCUAGCCAAGAUUCAUCGAGCCACUUCUACCUUCAUCCUUCUGAAAAUACUGGUAUCCCCCUCAUCCCUACCAUUCUUGAUGGCAAGAAUUACAGUAGUUGGAGCAAUGCGAUGUUGUUAGCCCUAAAAUCGAAAAACAAGCUGAAAUUUGUUGAUGGAAGUUUAAAGAAACCUGAUAAGAAUGAUCCAUUGUUUGAACUGUGGGAUAGAUGUAAUACAUAUGUCUUAGCCUGGAUUAAAAUCUCGCUAAACCCUGAAAUCACCCGAAGCGUGAUGUGGAACAAGGUUGCAUAUGAGCUAUGGGAGGACCUGAAGCACAGGUACCAUGAGGGUGAUAGAUUUAGAAUUGCAGAACUGCAGGAGGAGCUAUACGGAACAAGACAAGGAGAAAUGAGCGUGACACAAUACUUCACAAAACUGAAGUCACUGUGGAAAGAAUUUGAUGACUUCAGGCCAAUUCCACCGUGCAAUUGUGAAUCUGUGUGUACUUGUGGAUUAGGAGAAAUGUGA